AUGGACGGGAUCAUCACAAACGGUUCUACCGAGGCGUCAGUCGGGGUUCCCCCUCCGGAGCCCAUUGAUCGCCCUCCCACUCCUCCUCCGCCACCUCCAGAAGAUUCCGCCGCCCCUCCACCCCCCAUCACGUCCGCACCUCCACCACCGCCAGAAGAUCUCCCUCCAGCUCCACCCCCAGAGGAGACAACGACGACGAAGAAGAAAGUCGGAUUGGGUACGAAACGUCCGGCAGCCACGCCACUGAGUGUUGAGGAUCUGGUCCGGAAGAAGAGGGAGGCGGAUGCCGCAGCAGCUAAGCCCAAGUUCCUCUCGAGAGCAGAGCGCGAGCGAAUCGCCCUGGAGAAACGCAACAAGGAAGUCGAGGCCACCCGAAAACAGGCUGAACGCGCCUCCAACGGCAUCGACCGAAAAGACACACAGUUACCAUCUAGGAACUCCGAUGGCCUGAAUGGCGACUCACGAUUCAUUCCAACUGGACCACGUGCCAUGCGCAGUUCAGACGCACCAACUGCGCCUGCUGCAAUGCGGAAUUCUUUCCAUUUGCAUAAGAACAGUGAUAAAUUACAACCGAAAUCGAAAGGCGCACUAGGUUCCAUAGAUGAGGAAGAGGCAGCUGCGCAAGCAGCUCUAGUGAAACAAAGAUAUAUGGGGGCGGACCAAACGUCCAAUUUCUCGGCCAAAAAGAAGCGCAAGAGGACUACGGACCGGAAGUUUAAUUUCGAGUGGAAUGCGGAGGAAGAUACCAGCGGAGACUAUAAUCCACUCUAUCAGCAUCGACAUGAGACAAAAUUCUUUGGCCGUGGUCGUCUGGCGGGUUAUGGCGAUGAUGUAGCGGAACAGAUGGCGAAGAAAUAUGCGCGGGCACUGGAGGACCAAGAUCGUGAAGCCGGAGGGAUCCGUGCACGAGAGAUCCUGGAGAUGGAACGUCGACGCAGGGAAGAGAGUGCUCGGAACCAGCUGGACAAGCAUUGGAGCGAGAAGAAGCUGGAGCACAUGCGCGAGCGAGACUGGCGUAUCUUCAAGGAAGAUUUCAACAUCAGUACCAAGGGUGGAAGCAUACCCAAUCCCAUGCGGUCAUGGGAUGAGUCUGGUCUUCCUAAUCGUCUGAUGGAACUGAUCAACCGAGUCGGAUACAAAGAACCUACGGCCAUCCAGCGUUCUGCCAUCCCCAUCGCCCUGCAGAAUCGAGACCUUAUCGGUGUGGCCGUCACCGGGUCUGGUAAGACUGCCUCCUUCCUUCUUCCUCUUCUGGUGUACAUCGCGGAACUACCACGGAUCGACGAGUUCGAGUGGCGCAAAAAUGAUGGUCCGUACGCCAUCGUACUGGCGCCCACCCGUGAAUUGGCGCAACAGAUCGAGAUCGAAGCCAAGAAAUUCACCCAACCUCUCGGCUUCAACGUGGUCAGUAUUGUAGGAGGUCACUCCUUCGAAGAGCAAGCGUACAGUCUACGCAAUGGUGCAGAGAUUAUUAUCGCUACUCCCGGUCGUCUUGUCGACUGCAUCGAACGUCGCCUGCUUGUGCUCAGCCAAUGCUGCUACGUGAUCAUGGACGAAGCAGACCGUAUGAUUGACCUCGGUUUCGAAGAGCCGGUCAACAAGAUCCUCGACGCAUUGCCUGUAUCGAACGAAAAGCCCGACUCCGAGGAAGCCGAGAACUCCAUCGCUAUGAGCCAACACCUCGGCGGCAAGGACCGCUACCGCCAAACUAUGAUGUACACAGCGACGAUGCCAACGGCCGUCGAGCGCAUCGCGCGCAAAUACCUCCGUCGUCCGGCAAUCGUGACGAUCGGCAGCGCAGGCGAAGCCGUGGACACUAUCGAGCAGCGCGUGGAGAUGGUCGCCGGCGAAGACAAGCGCAAGAAACGUCUGGCCGAGAUCCUCUCCUCGGGCGAAUUCCGCGCCCCAAUCAUCGUCUUCGUCAACAUCAAGCGAAACUGCGAUGCCAUCGCCCGCGAAAUCAAACAGAUGGGCUUCUCAUCCGUCACCCUCCAUGGAAGCAAAACCCAGGAACAGCGUGAAGCCGCCCUUGCGUCUGUCCGUAAUGGCUCAACCGAUGUCCUCGUGGCUACCGAUCUCGCCGGUCGUGGUAUCGAUGUCCCCGAUGUCAGUCUGGUGGUCAACUUCAACAUGGCGACCUCGAUCGAGAGUUACACUCACCGUAUCGGCCGUACCGGUCGUGCCGGAAAGAGUGGUGUGGCUAUUACCUUCUUGGGUAAUGAGGAUGCGGAUGUCAUGUACGAUAUCAAACAAAUGCUUAUCAAGUCAUCUAUUUCUCGUGUCCCCGAGGAACUGCGGAAACAUGAGGCCGCUCAGUCCAAACCCACUCGUGGUUUCUCCCGGAAGAAUGAAGAUAGCUCCGGGUUUGGAGGCAAGGGUGGAUGGUAA